GCCAUUUCCCCAACAUCUCCCUCCUGCUGUCCUCUAACUGCUGUGGAAAACUAUCGAUAAAUCAAGUGGGAGCCCUGGACUGCAGAGUGCACAUUUUCCCCCAAAGACAACUUAUAGGACUGGUAUUCCUGCAAGGGUGUGAGAGAGUCUGCACAGUGUCCCAUGGCUCUGCAGGAGCUGGGUAUCAGCCUUUCCAUGAUAGGCGUUGCUGGGACCAUCCUGAUCUGCGCUCUGCCCAUGUGGAAGGUGACAGCAUUCAUCGGCACCCAUCUGGUGGUCAUGCAGGUGUUCUGGGAAGGUCUGUGGAUGACCUGUGUCAGUGAGUACACAGGUCAGCUGCAGUGUAAGCUUUAUGAUGCCCUGCUGGACCUGUCACCAGACCUGCAGGCCGCCCGCGGCCUCAUCUGCAUCAGCCUGGUGCUGGAAUGUUUGGGAUUCCUCAUCUUUCUCCUGGGAGCACGCUGCACCAACUGCCUGAGCCACCCGAGGAUAAAGGCUCGGGUGGUGCUGAGCUCUGGGUCCACCUUCUGCCUGGCGGCCCUCACCACCAUAAUUGCUGUUUCCUGGACGGCCAACUCCAUCAUCAGUGACUUCCACAACCCGCGCGUCCCUGAGGUGCUGAAGAGGGAGCUCGGAGCAGCCAUUUAUAUAGGCUUUGUGACAUCUGGGCUGCUGGUCUGUGGGGGAGCCAUUCUGUGCACAAGCUGCCCACCACAGAGGGCAAGGUUCCCCUCCAGUGGGUACACACUGGCCAGGACACCCACACACAGCAGCUACGCCAUCAAGAACUAUGUGUGAAGUGAGGACUGAGGGCAGAACACAGAUCAGUCCGUGUGUUUUAGUGCUGAAAACACAUCACAGACAAGUUACCGCUUUAUGAUAAAUGUAUUGAACUGUGUGAUAUAAUGCAGCUGGUCAUAUAUAGAUAUAUACAGACCGUAUAUAGAUAUUGAAAAACAUGUUUAAAUAUAUGAAAGGACUCUACAGGUAUGCUUUGCAAUACAUUCUAAUAUGCUGACACACAUGGACUUGACCUUUAUCAAUACAGUUACUUUAAGUCUGUCCACAGUGGUGUCAGUACCAGCCAUUUGCAGACAUUUGUCAAUCUUUGCAGUUGUCAUGAAAUGUGCAGUUGAAAUAUUAGAUCUCCAUAUAGGGGAAAUAUGUCUGAGUCAGCUAUAGUGACUGCCAUCUCAAUUUCUGAAAUAGCUGCAAUCUGUCAAAAUUAAUCAUAACAUGGAUUUCCCUGGUCUUAUGAAGAUUAUAAUUAUUAUUGCCAACUCAUUUCACAAGUCAGAGAAUUGGUUUGUACCCCUGUAGCUGAAUGUGUAUGCAUUUAUAACCAGUAGAAAAUCAUGUUUUAGUGACCAUAUGUAGUGGAAUUAUAAACAGAGAACAUUUGCCAUGCUAUAAAGCUUGUGUGCUAGUGAUCUGCAUCUUAGAAAUUAAAAUAAACACUGUAGA